AGGAACUGGCGGUGGCACUGGACUCUGCGCGUCGCUUUACCGAAAAACUCCAAACUAAUGACACUGCUUUAUCUAAGCAACGGGAAAUAGAGGAUUUGAGCAAUUCACCAUCCCCCAAGGAGAAACAACGUCGUCAAUCUAUCCAUUCAACAAAUGGAGCAACAAAUAGGCUAUCUAAUAGUUGGAAUGAGCCACCGAUCCAACACAUGAAGACUCCGGAUCUAACCUCGGAUGCGUCGGAUGAUACAGAGAGUCUGGUGGCAAGCCCUGAGACUCCUCGAGCGGAGGCAUCCGCUGAUGACCUAGAUGCACUAUGUGAUAGUUGCUCCAAGCCCCUGUUUUCGAUUAACGGUGGUGGAAAGAUAGUGACAGUACCCGCAGAGUCGGGUUAUCCGGGAAGGUACCAUUCGGCAUGCUUUGUCUGUAGCAUUUGUCAAGAGCCUUUCUCUGAGAAGCAUGGUGCAGCAGCAUUCGUGAGACAGUGUGCCCCAGCUCUCAAACCAAAAAUCGUCACACGACAACGACCAGUUUCAAUGCUUCCAAUACUUCGACCUGAAGAGGAACCGGCUCCC